CAACACCUCUCGAUCUGAAGAACAAUGGGAUUAUUGAUGAGCUGCCAUUUAAGAGUCCGGUCACCAUGUCCUGGAUACGGCCCAUGCCGGCUAUGAACUCCAUAUCCUCCCAGCAUUGUCGACCCAUCUCCACACAAAGCAUCACCAGCACCGACUCUGCAGACAGUGAGGAGAAUUAUGUGGCUAUGCAGAACCCAGCGUCUACCUCUCCAGCCAUGAGCGGCACCAGCAGCCCGGCCCCCAGGAAGUGUGGCAACGUGGACUACCUAGCGCUGGACUUCCAGCCCGGGUCACCCAGCCCGCACAGAAAACCCUCUACGUCCUCUGUGACCUCCGACGAGAAGGUGGACUAUGUGCAGGUGGACAAGGAGAAGACCCAGGCACUGCAAAGCACCAUGCAGGAGUGGAGCGAAGAGCGGCAGUCUACUGAACCUGCAAAGGGGGUCAAGUCCUGACACUGACUUGUACGAAUCAAAAAAACCACACAAAAUCUUAAGACAAGCGUCACCAGUGUCAUGUUACUAUCAUUGCUAUGAAUGCUGGUGGGGCUUGUUUAAGCCUGAGAUGUUUGGACAAAAAGCCAUAACCGACCCCACGCCUGUUCUCCGUGAUGAUUACAACUGCAGCGCACUGCUAACGUGCAGGAUAUCAGGCCAUAGAGGUGAAGCUUCCUGCCAAAGCUCUUCACGCAGACUGUUAUAACAGAGUAUGGACAGUUGAUAAUAUGUAUGUAUAUCAUCCUUACUUAUCAGUCAAUCCUUUUUCAUCGAAGCUGUGCCCCCCCCGCCUCCCCUUCUGCAACGUUUUUAAGUUGCUGCCAUUUAACACAGUGGUUAAACCGGUCGAUGACCAUUUUAAUAUAACGUAAGAGUGUGCUCACUGGUCUCAGGAAUGCCAAGAUGCACUCCUAAUUUUGGCAUGCGGGCAAGACUCUCUCCUCUACACUUCAAUCCAUCAUUUGUGCUGAGUCUUGCAGAAGCAGCGAGGAGAUUAUUUUCACUGCAGGCAAUCAUUUCAGCUUAGCAGUGCAUGUCUGGUAAGAGGAGGGAGGGAGGGGGAAAAAAAAUACAGCGAUGCAAAGGCCUGUGUCAGAAGCCCUAAUGAUAAUUGUGCAUGACUGUUGCCUCAGUUUCAAUUAAGAACGUAUUUAAAAAUCUGUCAGGGUGGGAUGGCAGGCCGAUUACUUCAACGCAGGUACAAAGUCUGUAACGUCCAAAUGUACAGAAUGAAGAAAACGAGCCGCACGUGAGGAAUCGUAAUAUUCGAAUGCAUUUCAUUUUAAAUGUGCACUGACUGAGGAGAUGAUGGAGACGGAAAAGUAAAUAUAAAGCAGUUCAGAGACGCCCAUAAAUUCAGGCUAAGUAGGAGGAGAGAAGCAUAUUUAUGUUUUCAACGGCUCACUGAUUUAUGUCUUCGGGCUUUGAUAUAGCCACGUACACAACAGCAGUUGUUUCCUGUGUGUAAAUUAUUAAUAGAACGACAUAUUCGCAGCACGUCUUGUCGACUGUUUGAUGCACUCGGUAAUAUUGAGCUGUUCCUGCAAACGAUGAAGAUUUGCCAGUGAUCAUGGUCACUUAAAAAAGAAAAACAGUUGAGGAAAGAAUGUUUUCUUAAUUUCCUUAACUCUUCUACUGUCUAAUUUGCCUUAUGUUUUCAUUUCACUUAAGACUAUAAAGUUUGCCUUGAAGAAAUGCUUUAAUUAUUUGCCAUAUUAUUCGAGGAAGAGCCAUAUUGUUUUUAGGACAACUGAAUGAUUCUAGUUCAACCUCAAAGUCCAGUAUUUCAUUGUGGGCUGGAACCACUGAAGGGUGAAUCCCCUGUUUGAAUAGUGUGGCCACGCAGUGCUCGAUGGUAUUAUUGAUUAUUUCAUUAAGAUUUACUUCUUAAUGUUUUUCUACCAUUUUUACUGCUUUUGUAUUCUUUCUAUCAUUAUUUUUACUGAUAGGUGUGAACACGUGACGUUUUCGUGAGAACGGGGUCCGGCUAAAUUAAGCUAAGUUUGUUACAACAUGUAUUUUAUUCCUUUUUUUAUUGUUAAAUUCCCUUUUUUAUACAUGAAAUGGGGAAGGCUGGCGGUUUGAGUUGCACUGAACAGGCGAGCUGUGAUGGGGGCGAAGAUGCGAAAGAGGAAAGCAAAGACUGAAGAGCCUGUCUCCCCUGUUAGUCUCUGAAGUGAAAUAGAUGUGUAAUUUAUUAUCUAGAGAGACCCGUCAUAAGCAGAAGAGCUGUGUAUGUGUUGUAGUAGAUCGUGAAUUGUAGUAAGUUAAAUGACAGCCUGACACUGAAAAACACAGAUCUGCUGUCGGACUGGGUUGACGUACUGUAUACCAGUAGAGACCAUGUUUUUUUUUAACCACUUUUAAUGCUACUACUGUAAAGCAUUCGCAGAUUGCUCGUGUUUUAAUUUAUUAAUUUAUUGUGUGUUUUUGGAAUUGUGAGAAGAAAAAAAAAAAGGAAGAAAAACAACUACGACCCGACGAGGAAUCAUUCUCUCUACUAACACUGAUGUAUGCAAAACUGUCUUGAUUUUGUGAAGCAAUAUGACAAAUAAUGCCAGUGUGACGGUAACAAUGUGGUACAGUUGACUUGGGAUUUAAACAAGAAUACAAGGUUUUCUUAUUCCUGUAUUAUGGUAGACUUAAACUGUGGACACAGAAUAAAUCAAGAAGUGAAAGGUU